UUGGAAAAAGAGGUCACGUGCUUCAAAUUGACCAACCAGAGAAAAGCUAGCGUUGACGCUACCUGUUGAAGUUUCUCCAAGCUUCCACUCCAGCAGACUUUUAUGUUAACCUACUCAUUGUGCCCGAGGAACCGAAAACUGCUCUGCUGAUGAAAUAUUUUUUAAAACUUCGACUAGUUUAUGUUGGUUGUUCAUAUGAGGAAAGCGACGAGAACUCGGUCCACCUCGCCUCCGAUUCAUGUGCACGUCAACGACACCACACCGGUCCAUGUGCACGUGAAGAGUCACAGGAUGAGUUCUGACAGGACUCCUCAGGGGAAGGCCAAGGUGGACAGAGGAAACCUCCGUCCUACAGCCAAGGUCAAAGCUCGAGUGCCAUGGAUACCACCAGGAAAGGCCUCUAUACGGGACACUUCAUUCAAGUGGGAGGGGCCGAUGCACUCCCUUGAGAUCACACCACCGCUCCCUGAACCAGACCCUGAACAUUUCCAGUCUGCGCUGCAAUUGGCUGACCUUGCAUCUGAAGAAGAGGAAGCGCUGCACGGACGAAUCAGCCAGUAUGAGAAGAAGAUCGACAGCUUACUGACUGAAGUCAGCUCUCUGAAGAACGAGGUGGAGCUGCGGAAGAAAGAGCAGCUGCUGGAACGUCAGUCGGAGCAGCUGACUGUCUCCCAGCGCGUGAUCGCCGAACAGGAAGAGGAGCUGGCUGAGGUGACCAAAGAACUGAAAGAGACCGAGUGGGAGAACACGCGAUUACGCCAAUCCAUGGAGAAGAUGCUGGAGGACGGCGAAUACAACAGAUUGGACGGGGACAGUAUGCAACAAGACAAAGAUGCUCUGCUCAGGAAACUGAUGGAGGCUGAGGAAGACGGGACAGCAGCUGCUAAGCAAGUCUCUGCCCUGCGAGAAUCUGUUUCCAAACUGUGCGGUGCUGGUGGCAGCGGGCUGAAUGGCUCAGAGUCUUCAGUCUUGGCCCGUCAGAAGGAGCUGUUGCUGCAGAAACUGGAGACAUUUGAGGCCACAAACCAAACUCUGCGGCACCUUCUCAGAGCGCAGCAUGGAUCCCAGAUGGAGUCAGUCCGACUGUCAGAGCAGAAGGACACAUUACUGAAGAGACUGAUGGACACAGAGGCAGAAAAUGCUCAUCUUGUGGUGAAACUUCAAGAGAAAGACAGAGAGCUUAACCAACUCUGCAAACUUUUAGAUGCUGAAAAGGACAAUGCCCAGAGCACAGCUGAUUUGUCCAAGAGUCUGGAGUCAACCAGAGCUCACUUACAGGGACAGCUCCGCAGCAAAGAAGCUGAGAACAACCGGCUGACUGUGCAGAUCAAGAACCUGGAGCGAGCAGCCAAUCAGCAGAAAGCGGAGAUGGAGCAUCUGACAGAACAGCUGGCGAGGCUGAAGCAGCAGGCCGGUGCAGACCGAGAGGCCCUGAAACGAGCCACGCGAGCCCAGAAACAGCGAGCUGAGCGCAGCGAGGGCACUGCAGGCCAGCUGAGUGUCCAGCUGCUGGACAUGGAGAAGCAGGUGGCUGAUGCACUGUCAGCAGCAGAGAGCUGGCAGGGUCGCCAUUCCCAAGAAGUAAAAGAAAAGAGUAGACUGCAGAUUGAAGUGUCCCUGUUGAACAGCCGUAUAACAGAGCUGACGGAGCAGCUGCAGAGUUCAGAGGAUAAAGGCCGGGUGGAGAGAGAAGCCCUGCUGGAUCACCUGCAUGGACUGACCACAGAGUGCACUGCUGCCAAACUGGAGAACCAGUCCCUCAAGGCUACAGCAUCUGCAGUGGAGGAAAAGCUGGCCUUGUCUCAGUCAGAGCUCCAGCAGGUCAAAGCUUCCAUCAAGCAGUAUGAAAGCCUGCUGGACAGUUAUAAGAUCCAGGUUGGAAAAACCCGGGCCGAGGCAGACGAGUACCAUGCUCAGCUGGCUCAGGUGGAGCAGGAGGCCCAGGCAGUACGGGGAGAGCUGGAUCAGGAGAUAGAGGCGGUGCGCAGAGAGCUGCUGGGUCGGCUGGCAGAGCUGGAGCCUCUUCCUGAAGCUUUACGACGCUCUGAACUCCAGCUGCAGGAGGCUCAGGACAGGGAGCGCAGCCAGGAGAGACGCAGCAUGGAGCUCAGUACAACCCUGACUGAUCUCCGUAUGAAGGUGGAGACACAGGGCAGCCAAAUGGAGCUUCUACGACAGAAGAACAAAGUGCUGCUGGAGGAGAACAGACAGCUUCAGCAACGAGUGGAGAGUUUGGAAAGAAAGCUGGAGGAGGCCGGCGGUCAGAACGGUGACCUGCUGGCUGUCAUUGCCAAACGGGAAGACACCAUCCACAGCAAUCAGCUCCGCCUGGAAGAAAAAACAAGGGAGUGUUCCCUGCUGAGCCGAAAGCUGGAAGAGGCUCUGGAUGAUGCUCGCCAACAGAUGUCAGAGACCAGAGAACGUGCUGCCACCAAAGAACGCUCCACCCAGUCCAAGAUAUUGGACCUAGAGGCCCAACUUAGCAGGACUACCUCAGAAAUCAACCAACUGCGACGCAGCAAAGAGGAGGUGGAGCGGCGUUACCAGAGCCGACUGCAGGACGUGAAGGAUCGCCUUGAACAGUCAGACAGCACCAACCGAAGCCUGCAGAACUACGUUCAGUUCCUCAAAGCCUCCUACACCAACGUGUUUGGAGACUCACUGCGUGCCCCCUCACCAAUCUGACUGACAGAAGUGUAUUAUAUGGACAUUAUCCAAAAGAGAGGUGCAGGCUGUAAAGGUUUAUUUAGUUAGAAAGAUAUUUAUAAGAUUUAUUUAGAACUGAAGUGCUAGAUAAUAAAAUGUGUCACUGGAUUAAAAAUACACCUAAUCCUUAAAAGAAAUCCUGUGUAUUAUGAAUAUUUAGGAUUUAAAAAUAAAUGGAAAUGUGACUAGUGAUGUCUAAAUACACUGACAGACAACAUUACACACUGGUAAACCAGAAAACUUCCCAAACAAACACUGCAAAAUAUAGGCAGAGGGCUGUAGGGUGACAGAACUACACACUCUAAUGGGUAACAAACGAUGAUGAGGGAUUACCUUUGAGUCUGUACUGAUUUGUAUUUGCUUUAUUGAUCCCACACUGAAAAAGAUUUUCUACAUUAAUGUUUGUUUUUAUAACAUGAGCAGCUCGUCUUUUUGUCGUGCGAGGGCUUCCCAACUUUUCAAGCAUCAAGAAAAUUCCGCUAGGACUGGAUUGGUUGUCAAAGGAUAUGCAUUUGUUCUGAUUGGAUACAUGUUACUGUCUUAUUAUUGUAUUGUAUAUUAUUGUACAUCUUAUGUCGCUUUCCAUAUGUUUGGGAUACUUAGUCAUGCUGUGAUCAGAACCAAGGAGUAAAACAUUUACUUUACUCUGAUGAUGUGAUGAUUCACAGACUGACCUGCAGCCAGUCAUCAUCUUGGUGUUGCUUUUACCUUUCCUUAUUUCAAUUUUUAAUCCUGUGUUGUUAUGUAUAAAAACUAAUCUGACUGAAGACAACAAAUGAAGCUUUACAGGCUUUACUCAGCUUCUAUGCAAAAAUGAGUGACAACACACUGAACAAUGGCUGCUGAGGUUCACAGACAAAGCAGUCUUUGGUCAGUUUCUGGUUUUAUUGUUUUUCCUUUAUUUUCUAUGAUUUCACCUAAAUGUGUUGUUUGAUCUCCAGGAACAGACAUUAACACCAUCAUCAUUUGUGUUUCCACUCUCCUCACCACUCUCUUAGUUUGUGGCUUUUUAGACUGAAUGGUGUAUUCACACAUGUAUCAUUGGUAACGGAAGUCAGAAUUUUUAUGCCAAAAACAAUUGUCCAUUUUGUUUGUUUAUGGAGCCUACACAGUAUCUUCUAUUCAACCUCAGCUGGUCGUGACAGAAGAUGAUGUCUGUCUUACCAGAGUGCAUACUGUAUUGCAUACUGUAUUUGAACUGCUAUAUACUAAAAUUAUUGAUUUGUUUUUUACAUUGAUAUAACUCUGAAGCCAAGCCGUCCAUUUAACAUUAUGGGCUUAAAUGUAUCUAUGCUCUCUGAUGUACAGAGCUGAAAAGAAGGGUGCUAUCGCUGUCCUUUGGCUGGUACAAGACAGUGUGUGAUUUUUCAUAACUGUUUCAUGGAGUGUAUUUAAUAACUGAAUAAUUAAUAUUCACUAUGGAUAACUUAAAAGUAGCAAUAAACAAAAUGUUUCUCAACUCU